AUGGCUUCUUCUUCUUCUUCUUCUUCUUCUAUCAAUCCUCAACGGAAGAAGUAUGAUGCGUUUAUAAGUUUUAGAGGUGCAGACAUCCGAGAUGGUUUUCUUAGUCAUUUGUACGAAGCUUUGAAUCGAAAACAAAUUUGUACCUUCAAGGAUGAAAACCUUGACAGAGGAGAAGAGACCUCACCAGCCCUCCUGAAAACAAUUGAAAACUCGAUGGUUUCCAUAGUUAUUUUCUCUGAAAACUAUGCCUUUUCUCCAUGGUGUUUGGAUGAGCUUGUGAAGAUUCUUGAAUGCCAGGAAACUACAGGACAAAUAGUAUUACCAGUCUUUUACCAAGUAGAUCCUACAGACGUUCAAGAAUUGACAGGAAGAUUUGGGGAUGCACUUUUGCAAAUAAAAAAAAAAAAAAAAAGAAAAAACGUGGUUGGGAGCCGUGCUGAAAGGGAACGGCCAACAUUUCAGGGGGAUUUCAGAGAAGAAAGAAGUAAGAUUUUUUUUUAA